AUGCAGGGGCAGGGGAAGCAAUGGCUCUGGGUGGGAUUCGAGAAGCAUAGAGGCAGAACUGUGCUGCCUUCGAGCAUUCCACAGUCAGUGUUGGCCAGACUUCGCAGCCUGGACGUUUCACACAUUCCAGAGCAUGUGCGCGGUCGUGAUCCCGUUGGGCUGUUGCGCGGUCUUAUUUGUGUAAGUGCAGGCAAGCAGUUUGAAGAUCUUUGCACGCCCGGCUGGACAGAAGAACAGCAUUUUAUUCGGGAGUCUUUCCUCCAGGGAGCUCGGGAUGCUUUUGCUGUAAAAGUUCACCAAGCUUUCUUCUUUCCUCCGUGGGAAAUCAUGCCAGAAGUUCAGAAAAGAGCAAGGGUUGAGCACAGGGCAAACAAAGCCCGGACAAGCGGCGUGACAGUGCAUCCGAGACUUGCUGCCGGUCUUGUGAAGAUUGAAUCUUGGAGAUUGGGGGAAGACAGCGGCAGCGAUGACCGCGCGCUGUUCUCGCUGUCCAUGCAUCCUGCAGGCAGUUCACCGAGCGAUGGCUUUAGGGCACUGCAAUCCGUAGUUCCUGAAGAGGUGCAGGCGGCCCUGAAAGCAGUCCCUUGCGUUUUCCUGCCGCCAGCGCUGGGGCAAUUGGUCUUCGGCAACCGUUUGAGUAACCUUGUGUUUUUAGCACGUUGGGUCCACCCCGAGUUUCCUGUUUUGUGCCAGGGUUUGUCGGAGGAUUGGCUUGUGGAGCGUAAAGGGGCAGCGCCGUCCCAGAAAUUCCCACCAGCUUGCCUCGAUGCUAGUGCAGCAGAAAGGUGUGUAGCCGUCAUGCGGUCAAUGCUUUCCGAUAUCAUUGCAACAGAUCCAGAGUCCGAUCGUGUCGAGGGCAUCCGCUCUGAAGCUUUGCGAUGCAUUGUUGACAUUACAAGGCACAAGACGUCUUUGUGCGCUGUUCCCGAUGAUGCAGCCAGAAAAUUUGCCUCUGUUGCUUCGCGUGAUUCCUUCUUGAGACAGAUACUGGCAAGCUUGGACCUUAGAAAUCGGGGACAGCUGAAGAGCCACGCUCUGUGCUUUCUGCAGAGUUUGCCAGCAGGAGUUAGACCAGGUGCAGAAGCUUGGGUGCGGGAGCAUUUUGCUUCCUCUUCAAGUCUUGCAGAUGGUAGAGUGAUGCUUGAUAUUGCCAUGUUGUUGUUCCAGCGGUCAAAGCUUUCCAGGCUUGGGCCAGUGCAUAGGUACAUUUGGGGCGACAGUACUUCGAAAGGGCACAAAGAUAUCUACAAUGUCCGUUACCGCUUUCUUGCAGCAGCUGACGCAGUGGAACUUGCCAGGUCUUUCAAGUGGCUUUGUGUGAACCAGGCAGACAAAACUAAGGAGGCAGAGGAUGGGGAUGAAGUGCCCGAGGAUGCAGAGAAACACAAGCAGCGAGCAAUUCGAUCGCAGUCCCUCUUCGAUCGCAUAGAAAUGCACACGCAAGUUCCUCAGCUAUUGGGGCAGGGCCGCACGCAGCUCGUAGACAAAGUUGGGGCGCACGUGCUUUCGGCUUUGCUUGAGUGUGGGGAUUUAGAGGCAUUGGAAGGGUACUUAGGGUCCUGUGUAGGGUGGUGCAGUGAUAUGGGUGUCGAGAUCGGAUUGCCAGAAUGCCAAGUCAAGUGUGCGGAAAGCACGCUGCCUGCAUUUAUCCGCCCGUUGCGGUUGCAAGUGGCAGAGGCUGAUGAUGAUGGGUUUGUUGAUGAGAGCCUAGGUCUAGAACCCCAGCCAGGGCGACCUGAAAAUCACAACUUCAUGCCCAGAGCCAUUCAAGUGCCCGGAGCAUGCCAUGCCAUUCACAAUGCCUGCUUGAACCUUGAUGAUGCCCUCAGUGAGUUUGAGUGGUUUUUUACUUCCUUGAAAAAGCUUGAUGCAUUGAUAGGGAACAAAAGGCGGCGGGAGCGUUUUGUGCAAGUUGUCCUUACUGGCACACCCCUGUACGAAGCAGGGCAGAAAGUUCUUGGGUCGUUUAGUAGCACUUUACACAAAGAGCGGUGGGGAGAACUAGCCGGUUAUUUGAGUGAUGGGCUUCCCAUUCUUGUUUUUUUGAGGCAGCACUGGGACCCAGUUGCUUACUCUCGUGGUCUGCAGGGAGAUGCUGUGGAGGGUGACGAGUUUUCGUGUAGGGGCAUCACAGAACUGUUGGAGGAUGAAUACUUUUGCGCAUACUGGCACAUGCAGUUGCAACUUCGAGGUGUAGUUCGGAGCUUGCUGCGUUGGGUUGAAGGAUGCCCUUGUCACAGCAAUUUGUUGUCCGGCGUGCCCCCUCACAGGCAGCAAACUCAGCUGCGCCUCGAAAUCUCCUGCCCCAGAGAAGUAGCAUGCCGUUGCCCACUCAUGGGGUGUAGAGCUGCAGACAUGGCUGCAGGCCAGCUGGUGCACUUUGCUGAGUCCGUUUUCUCUUUACGUUUCGCUGACUUUGCAUCGGCCUUGCAAAAUCCUUUGUCUGUGGAUGCCUGGGGACGACUGAAGCAAGAGUGGGGUAAGGCUGCCGCGUUUGUUUGCGAAAACUUGAAAAUCCGUUUGGGUUUCUAUCAAUCCCUGCCUUGGAUCAUUCUUGGUGGCACCCAUGCAGAUCCUGUGAAGGCAAGAAAAUGUUUGCAGGAAGCCCAGUCCUUGUGGCACGACUUGCCAGAGGAUGCCCGAAGCCUGCAGCAUGUCAUGGCCCAGGAGUUGUUCUCCCCAGGCCCCCUCCGGGAUGAUUUGCAGCGGUUCGUUUCAGAAGCCGAGCCUUUGAGUGCUUGUCCGAGAUUGGAAGACUACUUGGCACCCCUGACCUUUGUGCAGAUUGCUGAGCGUAUCAUAGAAGGAGCGCACAAGGACCUAGGCACGCUCCCGAAGCGGCACAGCAUGACCGCUCUUUCCAUUCAGCUCAGAGCGCCAGAACUCAACCGUAGCCUGUCCUUGAAGCCAGAUUCUUUUGCAACCCUGUUAGAGCAGUUUGUGAUUGCUCGCAAAGUGAGGCGCUUCAGUGAUGUUUUUCCCUGCUUCAAAGCCCACCCGGCUUUCCAGGCAUUGGCACGCCAGCGUCGCAGGGCACCCAGCAGUGCUCAUUUGAAGGUCUUGCGAUCGAUAUUGUAUCGCGAUGCAACUGUGCAGCAUGGCGACCUUCGAGAGUCCGUGCAGUGGCACAAUUCGCAGAAGAAACUUCUGGAUCGGGCUAAGCAGGCAUUUGUGCCUAAAGAGCCAAAACUUUCACAGGCUUUGCUGUAUGCGCAGGCAGGAAUCGCAUACGUUCGCUCAUCUUGCACGCAGGAUUCGAGUGCUGUGCUGUCCAUCGAAGAUCGGUUUUACACCCCCCUGAUUCUCCGCCCUUCGGCCAUUCAUCAGCCCUCACAUGCUCCUUGCACAAUUGCGACCAUGGGCAAGCAUGAUAUUUUGGUUACCAAGCUAGACAACUUUGGAAGCGCAGAGGCCCCUCAGGUCUCAGCCCUACCAGAUGGCCCUGGAGGAGAGGUCCUCAAUCUGUGCGAGCAUGUCAACAGACUGGGUCUAGAUGCUUUCCUUGCCAAAGUGCAACUGUGGCGCAGGCCAGGGAAUGUGCAGCUAGCGUUGCCAGGCAUUGAAGUUGAAGGUGUGUCCCCGGCUGACAUUUGUCAGCUGCUUCAGCGCAUGGUUGAAAGCAAUGCUUUGGCAGGGUGCAACUUCGGUGUCGUGCCAGUCCGAGGUAGCAGUGAAGAGUUGGCUUUGCAGGCCUUGGUUGAGGAAGGUUUUGCAGAGGAGACUGGCUUCGGGGCGCGUUUAACAGCCGAUGGUGUUGCGAGCUUGCGCUUUCGACACAGCCUUGAUUCCCCACAGCCUUUAAACCAAGCCCGGUCGUUGCCUCUGUUGGAGCUAGAUGUGAUGGAGCUUUUGGCAAUCAUGAAAUCUCAGGGAUGGGAAUGGUCUUUGCUUCCUUCGAAGGCAGAGAAGCGCCGUGAGCUAAAGUACUCUUUGGGAGGCCCUUUACAGUGGUACACGGCUGGAGUGUCUGUCAACAAAUCGUAUUUGCUUUGCCUGCUAACUGCUGAGAACUUGAAAGAACAGCAUGACAUUCAGUCCAUUCCUCAUGCGCUUCCUGCAGAAGCCUAUGAAUCCAUUCUGACGGGUAUGCAGCCACAGGCAGCAUUGCAGGCAUUGCUAGAUCGGCCUCGCAAGGGCCGGAAGCGAGCUUCUCUGACUUUGGAAGCAGACGAGGCCGAGAAUGUUGAGUCUGAUGCAAGGCACCGAGCUAGGAGAAGGCUUGCAAUCGCGCCCGCAGAAGUUGUAGGAGAGCAGAGGGAUGACGGGGGUGGGGUCGGUGCGGUUUCUUUUGAGGUUGAAGCGGUUGAGGGCGACAUAGGGGGGCAGGAUGUUGAUGCUGACGACGGUGUCGAUGACGACGAGCUUAUCGCAGAACUCGAAGCCUUGAUUGAUGCAGAGGUCGUAGCAGACCGAGACAGUGACCGUGCGGAAGCCAGUGCACCUGCAUUUGUUCCUUCAGCGAGCUCAGCCGGACAUCUUUCUGCUGAGCCUGCUGCAGACACCGGCAUUCUUGCUGAGCCUCCUGAGCCUCCUAGGGAUGAAGUAGUGGCACUUCCAGGCCCAGAUGCAGCAGCAGACCAGGCCAUUCCCCCAGCACGAAGAGACAAGAAAUCAUCAGCCCGUCCCCCCCCAAAACCGCGAUUGGCACCCUGGGGCCCUUUCACCUUGCAUAGGAAAAGUGCUGAGUCAUCUCCACCAUUUGGGGGAGUCCAAAUCGUUUGCCCUUUCCACUGCUUGAAUGAUAGGAGUGGCUGCAAAAAGUUUUUGAGCUUGUCUGGUCCACAUGAAUCAGAUGAAGAGAACGUGCUAAAUCGCCUACGUCAUUGGGCUAAUCAAGCCCAACGUUUUGACCGCCAGCGGAAGCACAUCCGGAUGUCUGUUCGAGAAGUAGACACCCCAGCUGCAGCUGUUGUUGCACAGCAGAAGCUUGAGCAUGGACCUACUGAAGCGAUCCGCAAUGAUGUGCAGCUUGAUGCAGAGGCUGCUUCCUCUUCUGCAGCACCCAAGGCUGCAGCCGCAGGUAGGCCCAAGGCUCGUGCCGCAGGAGCCAAAGCAGCAGGCUCAGCAAAACAAAAGGCGCAGGCAAAGGCGAAGCCUCCGGGUGCUGACGUGGAAUCUCCAGCAGACGAAGCCGCCAGUGACCCCGAGUUCCCAGUCUUCAUCAUCUUCAUCCUCAUCGAGCUCUUCUUCCAGCAGCUGAACAGGCCUUUGGGAGCAGUUUGCGGCCACGUCGUGGCUGCAUCUUUGUCGUGGAGGCACCUUUGUUUGCACGUGAAAGAUGAGCCCCCGACUCUGGCAGUGGAGAUGGUGUUUCUUGGUCCACUCGGCCAGAUGCCCAGCUCUCGGGUUGAGCUUCUCCUCGUGAUGGCGGUGAUUCGGCCCAAGGGGGGUGUGGAGGAGUGCGCGACGGUGCGCGACGCUUGCGCGACGCUUGCGCGACGCUUGCGCGAACUGCCCCCGGUUGUUUGGUUGUGGCCGUAUCUGGUGUGCGCGACCGAUUGGGGCCCCAGAAUGGUAGGGCAGGUUCUGAAGAAAGCACGUGUGGAGAGGCUCAGCACACAGGAGUUUGGUGCCGACCUCGCGGGAGGAGUGGCAGAUCUUCUUCAGUGGCCUGAGCAGAUCGCAGACAUUGAAAGUAUAUGGGUAGCCAGAACCGGUUUGCAGUCGCAGCUUCGUGAGAAUCUGAACCGAAGGAUAUGGCUCACGUCAGCCUACUCCGGCAUGUGCACUUUCGAGCACGUACUUGCUCGGCUUGCAGAAAGCGUCUUGCCCCAGUCGGAUUGGCAGAGACUCAACUCAGGCCCAGAGCCUCAGGCAAGCCGUUGCGGUCCAAUUGUUCAUUGGUCGGGAUUUGAGACGAGCCCGGCUUGCAGGGAGCUCAUUUUGAGCUCCGAGAAGUUUCGGCCGAUGCAUUUGUUUGGCGACAUAUGUGAUCAGUGUGAACCAUGUGUUGUGGCAAAGAUGAAGUUUGUGGUCAGCACGUUGAGGCAGCGAGCCAAAACCAUGCGCGAGGAAGCGACAGAAACGCUGGCUGAGAAGCGCAGGCUCGCAGCCGGCAUCGAACAGCUAAGCGCUCGCUGUAUGUCAAAGUUGAUCCAGAUCGCUAAGGCAGCCUGCAGAGAAGGGCAGAUGAGGGAGACAGGGUAUUGUUGGGCAUGCAAGAAAGAGUGCCCCUACCUUCCACCCAGAGCACCCGCCGACGUACACUGUGAGCUGGGUGGCAACACAUGUGUUGCCUUUUCCCCUCAAGGGAACCGAGAAAAAUGGUUGCACGACUCUGCUGUGCCAGCAGCUCUGUGGCUGGCAAGGGCCGAGCACUCUGGCGUGGAUUGGAUGCUGCAGGAGUGCAGCCAUUGCUUUAACAGCUUGGAGUGCUUCGAGACCGUUUUCAAGCCAUGUGCUGGGUGGCAAACUAGCUGUGUGCAGCUUUGCCCAACUUCCGUGGGAGUUCCUAUGCGGCGUCCUCGCAACAUCACAUGGACAAUCAACACGGGCAGGUUCUCGCUACUGCAGGCCUUUACAGCUGACUCUUUCGGGGCUGUGGCUGGCAGCAUGACCGAGACCUCCGGGCAUGAUUUCUUUUGUGCUCCCGAGAAAGAUGUUCUGUGCGCUUUGGAAGCUCAGGCUCGCGCUUACAGCGUCACGCUUGCAGCUGGUGAGGCUGACGCAGGAUUCAAGGUUUUGCCGGAGGGUGCGAGGGCACGGUUGCUCAUGUAUGAGGAGGAGAUGAGAAAGCAAAACUGGGGGUCUGAGAGCUUGCUUCCGGUGUUGGAUCUUUCCCAGAAUGUGAGUGUGCGGAAAACCAUGUCAGCGACAGUCCCGUCAAUCCUUCGAGGUUCCAGGAUCUGGUCUUGCCAAUUGCGUCGCGAGAUGCUCUUGCGUGAGUUGUUCCUCGCGUUUGGGUGGCCAGUGCCUGAGAUGAGCAGUGCAGGGCAUCAAUUCCCAUUCCCGGAUGAAGUUCUGCAGAAGCUGGGAGAUCGGGCCAUGAAAGCCAUGCUCGGCAACAGCGUGCACUGCCGGCUGUUUGGGCUCGUGUUUGCAUACGUACUGAUGACCACAAAGAUGCACGCUGCGGGACCAACCCCAACGACAGUCGACGACAACAAGGUGAUCGCAGGCAUGGCUGAGGAUGCAGCGUCCCAACUCCUCAAAGACAGCCUUGAUGAUGACUGGGACAGGCAUCAGGGUGAGGAGGACGACGAUGAUAAGGGUCCAGGUUUGCACGGCAAACUUGGCCGUGGCCAUGCAAAAGCCAAGGCCAAGCCGCUGCCCAAAAAGGCGGUGAGGUGUAAACGUGCACUAGAUAACAUCGCCAAGCAAGCUUCCCGCCAGGGGGAAAAGGCCAGGCUCUUCGUCCAGGAGGCCCGCGCCGACGAUGAGAAGUUGCAGGCCAUGCUCGCGAGUUAUCAUGAGCUCUGCCCUGAGGCCACCGAAGACGGAGGUCCAAUGCUUGGCCGCAAGCGGGGGCAGUGGUCUUUGGUGAAGUACCAAGAGCGUGUCACGGCGGCUUCGGGCAUCAUCAAGGAUGCUUUGGGCGAGAUGAUGUGGGAGAAGCUCUGGAUUGAGCACGCGCAGACCGCUCGUGGGGGCAAGCUUCGGGAGGAAGAGGCUGCCAAGCAGUGGCUUGAUUGGAUGGAUGCCAUCAAGAGAAGGGACAAAACCGUCCGCUACGACCACGGUGGCCCGGAUGGAAAGCCACGGGUGUGGGUCAAGACACAGGACUUGAUCAUCGAGCGCAGCAGUUACAUGAAGUCCAAGGAAAUCGUCUGCGAAGGUGAUACCAAGAAGAAGGCCACGAACGACGACGUUGACCGUCUCAGGCCAGAGCUGCUCAGGAAUCAUAGCCAGGGUAUGGAUUUUGAGGAGGUUGCUGUGGCCAUGUCUCGCAAUGACAACACCUUUGCAGGGGCCUCCGGUUUCAUUCUUGACGUGCUCGACCUGCUGCCCGAUGGCAUGGACGAGGACGAGACGGAGAAUGAGGGUGAUCAGAGCACGGACAAGGCUGUCGACAAGUCCAAGUCGCCGGAGGAGAAGGAGAAGGUGUGGGUCGAGAGAGACAAGGCGGUAAGUUCCAGUGUGCGUGCCAAGACGGCUGAGCUGGAUCAGUUUGAAGCCAAGGCCUUGGAGCAGCUUUCGAAGCAGCUGCAAAGUUCCAAGGAGCUUGUCGACGACUUGGCCGAGUCUGAAAGGAAGCAUUUCGAAGGCGAGAUGCUGAUGCUGAAGACCCGGCUUGAGGGCAUCAGGCUGUGCUUUCAGGAUAAGGACCCGCAUGCCAUCAAGAACUACAUCGCCAGGUUCAGCGAGAACCUGGAGCAGGGUGAUGGGUCUUUGGCAUCAGCGCCGGUGAAGCUUGGCUCAUGCCCUCCAUGUGAGCUUUAUGCCAGGCUGCAGCCUGUCACAGAACUCAAGGCCGCGGUGGAGAAGUACCACAAGUGCACGCAGAAGCAGCACAUCAAGGACGUGACGAACGAGAUCAAUGACAUCAAGGCUCCGCUUCAGCAGCUGUUGCAGGCUGCGACAAAGGCCGAACGCUCCAUCAAAGCGGCCAAAGAUCAGCUGAAGAAAAAGCUGCUGCAGCAAGCCGCCGCUCAGACGAAGAAGGGCAAGGACAGUGCAGAUGCUGGUCGCUUGGCGAUCUUUGAUCAGGGAGUGGCGGCAGCAACGCAGGUGCAACGCUUGUCGAUGGAUGAGGUGUCCAAGAAGACUGACAUGUCAUUUGACGUGCCGUUUGUUGUUCAGGCCAACGAUUGGGUGGCCAAAGCAGUGGCAUCAAUCAAGAGCCAGCUCGAUGGCUUCGCUGCAAGCUUUGACAUUGCCCGCACGCAGAGGAGUGCGCUGCGUGCCUCCAAGGUGGUGGAGGACGAUGCGACCACGCAGGCAUGGAACCUGCAAGGCCAGGUGUUCGAUCUUCUCAAGGAGACCAAAGCCUUGGUGUCGGGUGAUUCGGCAGGUGUUUCAUUGAAGAAGCAGUUGGUCCAGUCCAUGUUUGGCAUUGAUGUGAACUACGACAAAGUGACCUGCGAGUCAUGCCACCUGGCCGGCGUUCGCUUGACAUUCAAAGGCACGAGGUCUGUGAUUGCAACUUCGUCGUUGCAGCUUCAGCGCUUCAUGGAACGCAAAGGUGUGCCACAGCCCAUCCCGGUACCUCGCCAGGCAGCGUUCUUCCGGAGCAUGAACCCGGACAUGAUUCAGGAGUAUGUGAAGGAAUGCUCUUUGUGGGCGGUGACUUUGGGUGCCGGGGAUCUCUUGUAUCUGCCGUUCGGUGCUAUCAUCGGGGAAAAGGUGACAGAGCUUACCCAAGGCUUGAGGCUCCCUUUGCUGACCACUUCGGCAUCCACCCCGAAUCUUGAGCAGUGUCUGCAAGCGAAGAAGGAGGAGCUCGAGAAAGUGAUUGCAAACAGCAAUGACGAGGUAAAGACCAAGGCUCAGGCAGAGUUAGACGUGGUUGUCGAUUUGCAGAAGGCCUGCCUCCGCGUCGGGCCUCCGUGA